AUGUCUAAAACGAUAAAUCUAAGUCAGUGGGUGGAACUUCAUUUCGAACUUGAUAAAUCUGGCGAUCGUUCCUAUGUCGCAAACACCAAUUUUCAAGGAAAUUGCUGUAUCGAAAAUCGUAGGACAACUCCCUCCGUAAUUGGAACAUCCAGACUGGACAGAACGAUAGCAUGUCUUCCUCGCAGGUGGUUUUAUACUCGAAACAAGCGAGAUUCAAGCUCCAAAUGUUGCCUUAACGCCAAAAAAUAUUCAUCGAAAUCUGACUCAAGAGCAAGGCUCCUCCGUUCGAGGCCAAAAUGCUUGAUUCCAAAUUCAAAAGAAACAUAUGUUGCGUCAGAUACAUCCGUUCAGCUUGGAUGGCUAAUCGAUCCUAUUAAUUAA